GCUGGCGUCGGCGGCGUAGUGCGCAGGCGCGGCGGGCGGGCGGGUUUCCCUGGGCUGCAGCCCGCGCCGUCGCCCGCUGGUCCGCCGCCCUGCGCCAUGGCGGGCUGCGCGGCGCGGGCUCCUCCGGGCUCGGAGGCGCGUCUCAGCCUCGCCACCUUCCUGCUGGGUGCCUCCGUGCUCGCGCUGCCGCUGCUCACGCGCGCCGGCCUGCAGGGCCGCACGGGGCUGGCGCUCUACGUAGCCGGGCUCAACGCGCUGCUGCUGCUGCUGUACCGACCGCCGCGCUACCAGAUAGCCAUCCGAGCUUGCUUCCUUGGCUUCGUGUUCGGCUGUGGGGUGCUGCUAAGUUUUAGCCAGUCUUCUUGGAAUCACUUUGGCUGGUACAUGUGCUCACUGUCAUUAUUCCACUACUCUGAAUACUUGGUCACAGCGGUCAACAAUCCCAAGAGCCUGUCGCUGGAUUCUUUCCUCCUCAAUCACAGCCUGGAGUACACCGUGGCUGCUCUUUCUUCUUGGGUCGAGUUCACACUUGAGAACAUCUUCUGGCCAGAACUGAAGCAGAUCACCUGGCUGAGUGCCACGGGCCUGCUGAUGGUCGUCUUUGGAGAAUGUCUGAGGAAAGCGGCCAUGUUUACAGCUGGCUCCAACUUCAACCACGUGGUGCAGAACGAAAAAUCAGAAACCCACACUUUGGUGACUAGUGGGGUGUACGCCUGGUUCCGGCACCCAUCCUACGUUGGCUGGUUUUACUGGAGCAUCGGAACCCAGGUGAUGCUGUGCAACCCCGUCUGUGGCGUCGGCUACGCGCUGACAGUGUGGCGCUUCUUCCGGGACCGCACAGAGGAGGAGGAGAUCUCACUCAUCCACUUUUUUGGCGAGGAGUACCUGGAGUACAAGAAGCGGGUGCCCACGGGCCUGCCUUUUAUAAAAGGGGUCAAGGUGGAGCUAUGACACGCCAGGGGCUGCGGGGCCGUCUGCCCUGUGCUGCCCGGGACAAGACGGCCUCUGGCCGGCCUCUCUGCAGAAUGGAUUUUCUUAGUUAUUUUCUAUGUCACCAUCUACUCUUCUGGAAUAUCAACUUAAUACCCAGUGGUCAGAAGGCCUGAGGACCAAAGGACUGCCCCUGUCCCCCCAGCUUCCCGGGGCAGUGUGUUCUUGGGCUGAAUCAAGGCAGGGUGAGGAUGGAAGGUGGACAAGGAGCACAUAACAGCAAUAUUCGGCAGUGCCCCCGCCCCAGAGGGUGCGCGGGCUGCUGGCCAGCCUUUGAGGCCCCCUUGCACCUAGGCUUGUAACUGAGACCCCUCCGGAGAGGUGGACCCGCUGCUCUGAAUGAGGCUUCUUCAGCAGGAAGGGGUGUGCGGGCCCCAGUGCUUUUAGUUAGAAAUACACUGCAAGUCCUUCCUGUAGCCGAACAGCAGCACGGCUUCGACCUCCUCAUUUCCGCCCCUGGUGCGCAGACACCUGGGAGUCCUCAGGUCCGCAUCCUUGUCCUCCCCGCGAGGCACUUGCUCUUCACGUACUUACUCAUACCUACAGAUCUGCUUUCAGAAAUAGCAGUGUGAAUUCAAAGGGGACACGGCAUUUGUAGCCCCGCCUCUUAUUUGGCAGAGAGGAAGCGGGACACUCAGCCGAUUUGGCUGAGUGGCUUUGUGUUACCAGGGAGCCCAGGCCCCUGCGGCUUCCAGGCUCCCGGCUCCCACCCUUCUCCCAGGUGGGGGCUGUUGCCAGUGGCAGGCACGUCCAACGCGGUCACUUGUCCUCUAUCCAGGAAAUGCCCACUGAGCCCCUGCUCUGCGAGAGGGGUUGUUAAACACUGAGAAGUACUGCUCUCCAUUCCUUUGUCAUUUUAGUAUUUUACCACAGCAUAUAGUUUUGUGUUUUGAUUUAAAUCUAUUACCUAUUGAUUUCUAUGUUCUGAUCUCAAAAUUUCGUAGUCCCUCAUGCCAUUUCAGACUCUUCCAGCGGGGUUCAAGGGCACACACAGCUACAGCACUCAUGUUGACUCGUGAAAGUCCCAAACAGAGCAACCAGCCCCACCUGAGAGUUAGUCGUGGUUUUAUUUCCGAGUUCAGGGAGAACGGUUGGCUCCAUGAGUCGAAUGCUCCAUGAGUCGAGGACAGAGACUUUGAGGCUCUUGUUGAACUCGGAAGGGACAGGACCUCGGUCUCAGUGUGAGGCCCUUGCGUGCGGUUCUGCGGUGGCGCUGGGACACAGGAACAGGACGGUGGCAGAGCCCCGGCUGGAGGGCCGCCCUGACACCACGCCACACCUCGCCACUUCCCAGGAGCCACCUACCUUUCUGUGCCUAGACCGCCCCAUCCGCAGAAUGGGGUCACUACCACCUACCUCACAGGGGUGUCGCGAAGACUUGGAAGAACAGUGUCGGAUGUUUUCAGUACCUAGGUGAGAGGCGACGUUUAAGUAAGAGUUACGUAAAGUGGACACUCGAACCAUGCCAGACACUGGGAAUGCGAGCUGAAAAGAGCGUUUCCCAACGCAAAAUUGGUAUUGAUUUCAAGAAUUCAUGGCCUACUUAGUUUGUUCCUUAUUUUAUAUACCAAAGAGUGUGUAGGUCCGUCGGUCGCUGGCAUGGCACUUGCUGGCAUGAGGACUGGAAAGACCCACCCAACGGCCCUGCAGGGAGUCCUGCGGUCACACUGGCCAAAGCUGCCGCCGGAGCCCUGGUGGGCCCGCGGGACGGCCGCACGCCCGGUCUGAAUGCAAACUCGGGUUAGAACAGCUGUAGACUUGUUCCCCAGACCACACUUGGCAGGUGAAAUCCCACUUAGGAGAAGAACCACAGGGGGGAGAGGGCGGCAGCCAUCCCAGCCCUCUAAGGGGAAGGGCUAGCUACGCCGAGUGGGCGGGGCGUGGACCCAGCGUUCAUGACCCCUGGCGGCCAUCCGUUUGUGUUUUCCUGCUGGAGAGCAGCUAAUGGCAGUUCUGGCUUUGUGGACAGGGAGACAGGGUCUGUUCUUCCUCCACCUGCCAGAGGUCGGAAAGCCCACCAUCCUGCCUCCAGGGGCUCAGGAGGCAGGCCUUGCUCUGCGGGUGCUGCCCUCCCCCCACCCCGGGCUUGACAUUCUCUUCAGCUUUCAGGGAGCAGGUCUGGGGUGGGGGCCCUGAGAACAUUCACACCCUCAUAGUGGUCCCAGGGCGGGAGUCAGCAGUUAUUGGGGAUGAAAGAUGAACUACUUAGGGACGGGGUUUGGCAGGUGAUUGACUUUCGUCUGGCACUGAGACUGAGCUUAUUUUUAACUGUAUAAAUUUAGCAGUGACCGUGUGCUGAGCAGAGAAUCAGGUUAAUGAGGUACAGGCUUUCUGGGUGUUCCCCAGAGCUUUGUGGGCAAAGGCCACGUCUCCAGUUCCCUCAAACUAAAAAACUGUCAGGAGAUUUCUUUUUCCAUUGCGAGUUUUAAAGCACAGAUUCUCAAGUAGAACACAGGUGCUGCACAGAACAAAGUUACUUUGAAGCCGCACGAAAGGACACAUUUUACAGGGAUUUGCAGGCUGGACCGAGAAUGGCAAUUACAGCACAGGGUGGGGGUCGAGCCCCAGAGUCCCCCAGUGCGUGCAGCCCCCCGCCCCGUUCAUCCAGCCCUCUGGGCCGUGGCACGGUGGGGAAAUACUGCUGAGCUGGCUCCUUGUGUUAACAGAUUAGGCUCCGCAAGUCUCAGCUGCAGCUCAUUUUGGUAGCAGCCCUUGUAGCAACCUAGCAUCCCCCGCUGUGCACUUUCUCACUGCCUUAGGCAGCUGCCGUCUCCCACCGUCUUUGCUUCUGUAGAGGACCUGGCACUGCCCGCGUGGUGGGGGCUUGCUCUGGGCCCUGCUACGCAAGCCUGCCGCCCGGGCUGGGGCUCGGGCCGGGGUCGGCAGACCAGCCAUCGGAAGCGCUGGCUCUGGGAAGUGGACGGCUAGUAGAGGAACUAAUGGAGUAAUCGUUUUCCUCUUUUUACAUGCAGAAAUGUUUAUUCAAGUGUUUUAAAUUGGGUUGUGUUUCACAGGUACUGAUACUCUUUCCACACCUGGAAUAAAGCUGUACUUGAUUUCA